AUGAUAUUUGAUUUAUUUAUAUUAAAAAAAAAAAAAAAAAAUUUUUUUUGGUUCAGAUCUCUGCCUGUACCUAGGAGGCACACACCGUAUUUUGGUCAACCCGACUAUAGAAUAUAUGAACUGAAUAAACGCCUCCAACAGAGAACCGAGGAAAGUGAUAAUUUAUGGUGGGACGCGUUCGCAACAGAAUUUUUCGAAGAUGACGCGCAACUUACGCUUACUUUUUGUUUAGAAGAUGGACCUAAAAGAUACACAAUAGGAAGAACGUUAAUCCCUAGGUAUUUCAGGAGUAUAUUCGAAGGUGGUGUCACUGAAUUAUAUUAUAAUUUAAAACAUCCAAAAGAAUCUUUUCACAACACGAGUAUAACAUUAGACUGCGAACAGUGUUCCAUGAUCACGCAUCACGGGAAGCCAAUGUUCACUAAGGUUUGCACGGAGGGACGACUAAUACUUGAAUUUACAUUUGAUGAUCUUAUGAGAAUAAAAACGUGGCAUUUUUCUGUGAGAACCCAUCGUGAACUCAUACCGAGGUCCGUUGUCGGCAUGCAUUCGGCACAGGAUCCAUCAAUGCUCGAACAAUUAUCUAAAAAUAUAACGAGACAAGGAAUAACAAAUUCUACACUCAACUACCUCAGGUUAUGUGUGAUUUUAGAGCCAAUGCAAGAAUUAAUGUCGAGGCAUAAAGCGUAUGCUCUUAGUCCUAGAGAUUGUUUAAAAACUACUCUGUUUCAAAAAUGGCAAAGAAUGGUUGCUCCUCCUGAGUCUCAAAGGCCUGCAAAUAAAAGGCGGAAACGAAAAGGUUCAAAUUCAGCGGCUGUGAACAAUACAGCGCCGGUACCCAAUAAGAAAAGGUCGCCCGGACCGAAUUUUUCGCUGGCAUCUCAAGACGUCAUGGUGGUCGGAGAACCCUCACUCAUGGGUGGAGAAUUCGGAGACGAAGAUGAGAGACUGAUCACGAGGUUGGAAAACACUCAGUACGACGCAGCUAAUUCGUUAGAUCACGAUAAUCACGGAUUUUCAGAUUCCCCGAUGACGGGUGGACCUAAUUCUUGGGGAGGAGGACCCGACAGGGGUCCCAUAGGUCCUCCCCAAGGCAAUACACCGUCCAGUCAAGAUUCUGACAAAAAGUCUCCGGCUGUAAGUCAGUGA